GAAACCUUGAACAAAGCUUUGUAACGGGAUUCCUGUAUCGACCGAGAGAGUUCGGCUUGCUUGCAGCAACCAACCCGUUAUCGCUCAUCCAUCCAACCCCAUUUCUCUUCUCAAUCUCCUCCGCCGCGUCUUUUGACGACACGCCCAAACGCCGUCCUUCACGCCACAAUGUCAGCAGCAACAACAUCACGAACCGCCGUGGUCGCGACGGCGACCGUCGCCGCCCUGGCGACCGGCCUCCUCGCGUACGCCGCCUACUUCGACUACCGCCGCCGACACAGCGCCGAGUUCCGCAGGCAAUUGCGCCGCAGCCAGCGCCAGCAACUACGCGCCGAGAAGAGCAAGGCCGAGGCCGACGCCAACGCCCAGAAGCAGGCCAUCAGGGACGCCGUCGACGAGGCCAAGGAGGAGGGCUUCCCCGCCAGCGCCGAGGAGAAGGAGGCCUACUUCCUCGAGCAGGUCCAGGCCGGUGAGAUGCUGGCCGCGAACCCCUCCAAGGCGCUUGAGUCCGCCCUCGCCUUCUACAAGGCCCUCAAGGUCUAUCCCACGCCUGGCGACCUGAUCAACAUCUACGACAAGACCGUAUCCAAGCCCAUCCUGGAUAUCCUCGCCGAGAUGAUCGCGUACGACGGAAGCCUCCGAAUCGGCACCUCGUACACCGGCCCGGCCGGCGUCGACGUCGCCGAGCUCAUGCGCGAGAUGGGCGCCGACAUGGGCGCCCCCGGUGUUGGCCUGGACUAGACGAAAAGAAAAUUUUUAUUCGCCUUCCAACACCACCGGCGGGCUCUGCCGCGUCCAGCUCCGGAGGAAGGUUGAAAUGUCCGAACCUUUCCUCCAUUGACACACCACAGAAAGGACUUAAUUUCUGCACAGGGCGUUCGGGCCUUGACGCGUGUCCGGCGGGUUCCAGCAGCACUGUACGAUACGGCUAUUCUCUCUCCUAUCCGAACGAGGCGCGAACCGGCA